AUGAUUGCUGACCUCCUGCGAUGGCUGGAAACCUUGGACCAGUCCGAUGUGGCCGUGCACAUCCAGCUCCCUCCGGUGCUCACGCCUCUCCGGGAAGUCCUCAACAGCAUCCUACAUGGGGGGACCAACACGAACUGGCACCAACUGGUGGCGGUGGGGGACGCCUUGGAAGUCCUGGUGGCAGGCCAAGUCCUCAGCCACCCUGCUGACGUCGUGACCCAGAACGAUGGGGGAACGGAGAGCAAUCUUCUCCCGGGGACGCAACCAGUGGCAGGAUGGAGCCAUGCGGUCGACGUACUGCAUGCGAUACGCCUUGAGCUCCCAUCAUACCCGCAGGCGUUUCUACCCACUGUCCAAGAAGCGGCGAUGAAUCUGCUGUGGGGAAUAUCCCGCCUUAUUCCUGAGGAAGAGCACGGACAACCUGGCCAAGCAUGGUGGACCAGUGAUCGCCACCACGGCUGGGGGGACGGAACCGCGAGCUUCUACAAGCACCUGCCAGCCCACGGCCCAGAGGCACACGCAGGGCGCGAUCACCCUCCAUGGAAGAGGGGACAAGACGACGUGGGUCCAACGAUAGCCAUCGAAGACGACGAAUGCUGGCAAUCCACCUACAUGAACGAGGACUGUGAGGGGGACCAACAAAACGAAGUCCUCCACGAUUACCCGAUUCUGCGCAUGCUGACCUGA